UCCUCCUCCUCCCCUCUUUCUCUCUCUCCCUGCUUUCUUUGUUUCGCUUUCCUUUCUCUAUUAAAUUCCCCCUUCUUCGCCCGGAUGAUUAGACCCUGAAAGCCAAGAGGGGGGCGGAAAGCCGGAAACGCGUCUCCUCCUUCCCCCUCUUCUUCGACCUCAGAAAUAAAUAAAAAAACUCGCCUCUGCCCAUUUCCCCCUCUCUUCUCCGCCCUCGAAAAAGAUCUCAGAAACUCUAAAUUUCCCACAAAUUUCCUCCUUCCCCCAUCCAAUUCCAGCCUAAAUCCGCAGUUUCCUUCGAUUUCUCUAGAUUCGACAUCAGAUCUCGCUCCUUCGCCCCCGAUUUUAGGAUCUCGAUCCGUCUUCCUCAGGAUCGAGGGCUUCUUCGAUCCUGACGUCGGCUAGGUUUUCUUAUGUGGCUUCGAGUUCCGAGGGAUUCGAGGCUUUGAUGUCGAUUCCGGCGAAGACCGACGAUGCCGUCGAGAUCCGGGAGGUGUGGGCGGACAACCUCGAGGCUGAGAUAACUGUGAUUCGAGACAUCGUUGACCAGUAUCCCUUUGUGGCCAUGGACACCGAGUUCCCCGGCGUCGCGAUCACCCCCGUCCGCGCCUUCAAGGACAUCGCUGAUAAAAACUACCAGACCCUCCGCGCCAACGUCGACCUCCUCCACCUCAUCCAGAUCGGCUUCACCUUCUCCGACGCCGCCGGCAGAUUCCCGCUCUCCCCCUCCGGCGGCGGCCGCCGAUGCGUAUGGCAGUUCAACUUCCGGGAGUUCGACGUGGACCACGACGUUGCCAACCCCGACUCCAUCGACCUUCUCCGCCGUUCCGGCAUUGACUUUAAGAAGAACCGGGAGUGCGGGGUUGACGCCCUCCGCUUCGCCGAGCUCCUCAUGUCCUCCGGUGUCGUGCUUAAUGACUCGGUCCAGUGGAUCGCAUUCCAUGGCGCGUAUGACUUUGCGUACCUCCUCAAGAUCCUGACUUGCCGCAGGCUCCCGGAGACCUCAGAGGCGUUUUCUGAUCUCGUCAGCACGUUCUUUCCUACAGUUUAUGACAUCAAGCACCUGAUGAGAUUCUGCAACAAUCUCUAUGGGGGGCUCAACAAGGUCGCCGAGCAGCUGGAUGCUGAGCGAAUUGGGUUCUGCCACCAGGCGGGCUCCGACAGCUUGCUCACAGUUCGUGUCUUUUGGAGGUUGAAGGAGAAGUACUUUGAUGGGUCCAUUGAGAGCUAUGCUGGAUUGUUGUAUGGUCUUGAGACUUGAGAGAAUAUUUGGAAAAGGGGAAAAUGUUAUAAAUAAGUUAAUGAAUUUCAGAAAAAAAAAGCUUCCUUUGGUGAAUACAUGUUGGUGUGAUCUUU